AACAUUCUCACCAUCCCGCUUAUAGCAAGAACAACCAAGGGAAUUUGUCCUCCUAACUCUUCGCUUCGCAAACUGCAAAUUUAAGGCGCAGAGGGAGAUGCGGCCAAAGCUGCUUUGGUCAAAGCAACAGGUGGAGCCAAGGCAGCAAUACUGCAUCGCGCCCUUUUCUAACGGUCUGAGUAACUGCCACUAUGACCCGACGCAUAUAUAUACAGAGGCCAUCAAACAAACACUUCAUAGGGAAAAAAGAAAAGAAGAAAAACAAGUUUGUGUUGUUCAGAGAGAAAGAGCGAAAGAAAGCGAAAGAGAAAUUGAAGGAUGAGGAAGAGCGCAGCGUUGUUGCUGGUGCUAUGGCUGGCUAUGUCGGUGGGGACUUGGGGUGAGGAUCAGAACGCCGAAAACAAUGAUUCAUGGACUGGCUGGGCCCGUGACAAGCUCACAGAGGGAUUUGGACUCAAAGGUGGGGAAGCAGGCUCUAAGCCCGCGGAAAGAGCGAACAAAGCAGCCUUCGUUCAGAAGUUUUUAGAAGGAGCUAUAUACUCUCUUGAAAAACAUCAAACAGCCAAAGCUGAAGAGCUGAUGAAAGGAGCUAUGGAGUAUCUUUAUCAUGAUAACACAGUAAAAGAUAAAGCAGCCAAACUUGAAGAGUUCAUGAAAGAAGCUAUCAAGUAUCUUGAGCAAGAUAUGAUAGAAAAAGCAGAAAACGUGGUGAAAGGCGCUGUGCUGUAUCUUAAAGGCGAUGACGAAGACAACGAUGAAGAGAAUGGGAAAAGAGCGAAAUAUCUUGAAAAGGAUGAAAAGGAGAAAGUAGCAGCAGGAGUAAAUAAAGCAACCCUUGUUGAUUCGUUUCUGGAAGGAGCUUUAGCCUAUCUUGAACAACACCAAGUGGCGAAAGCUAUAGAUAUUAUGCAGGGAAUUGUACUGUAUGUUGGUCAAUCUGACGAAAUAAAAGAUAAAGCAGCCGCUGCUGAAGAGAUGAUCCAAGGAGCUUUGACGUAUCUUCAAGAAGACAAACUAGAGAAAGGUACGGAAAUGAUCCGUGAAGCUGCGAAGUAUCUUGAAAAUGACGAGGAUUACAAAGCAGCAAUUGGCAAGGGGAAAGGAGCGAAGUAUCUUGAAAAAGGUAAUGCAGAAAUAGGAUUACAGAAAGCACAGUUUGUUGAAGAGGUUCUAAAGGGAGCUAUGUCCUAUCUUCAAGCAAAUCAUUUGGUCAAAGCUAAAGACGUUAUUCAAGGAGUGCAACAGUUUAUUGCUCAGGAUAAUACAUUAAAAGAUAAACGUGCCACAGCUGAACAAUUGCUCAGUGGAGCUUUUGGCUAUCUUGAACAAGAGAAAUCAGGGAAAGCGCAAAAAAUAAUCCAAGAAGCUAUAGAGUAUCUUGAAAACGACGAGGAUGUCAAAGAAGCAAAUAAAGUCUUUAAAGAAGCAGAAGCUAAGGAAGCUAAGUUGAGAGGGGUGAAGUAUCUUGAAAAGGAUGAAAGGGAGAAAGUAGCAGCAGGAGUAAAUAAAGCAACCCUUGUUGAUUCGUUUCUGGAAGGAGCUUUAGCCUAUCUUGAACAACACCAAGUGGCGAAAGCUAUAGAUAUUAUGCAGGGAAUUGUACUGUAUGUUGGUCAAUCUGACGAAAUAAAAGAUAAAGCAGCCGCUGCUGAAGAGAUGAUCCAAGGAGCUUUGACGUAUCUUCAAGAAGACAAACUAGAGAAAGGUACGGAAAUGAUCCGUGAAGCUGCGAAGUAUCUUGAAAACGACGAGGAUUACAAAGCAGCAAUUGGCAAGGGGAAAGGAGCGAAGUAUCUUGAAAAAGGUAAUGCAGAAAUAGGAUUACAGAAAGCACAAUUUGUUGAAGAGGUUCUAAAGGGAGCUAUGUCCUAUCUUCAAGCAAAUCAUUUGGUCAAAGCUAAAGACGUUAUUCAAGGAGUGCAACAGUUUAUUGCUCAGGAUAAUACAUUAAAAGAUAAACGUGCCACAGCUGAACAAUUGCUCAGUGGAGCUUUUGGCUAUCUUGAACAAGAGAAAUCAGGGAAAGCGCAAAAAAUAAUCCAAGAAGCUAUAGAGUAUCUUGAAAACGACGAGGAUGUCAAAGAAGCAAAUAAAGUAUUUAAAGAAGCAGAAGCUAAGGAAGCUAAGUUGAGAGGAGUGAAGUAUCUUGAAAAGGAUGAAAAGGAGAAAGUAGCAGCAGGAGUAAAUAAAGCAACCCUUGUUGAUUCGUUUCUGGAAGGUGCUUUAGCCUAUCUUGAACAACACCAAGUGGCGAAAGCUAUAGAUAUUAUGCAGGGAAUUGUACUGUAUGUUGGUCAAUCUGACGAAAUAAAAGAUAAAGCAGCCGCUGCUGAAGAGAUGAUCCAAGGAGCUUUGACGUAUCUUCAAGAAGACAAACUAGAGAAAGGUACGGAGAUGAUCCGUGAAGCUGCGAAGUAUCUUGAAAACGACGAGGAUUACAAAGCAGCAAUUGGCAAGGGGAAAGGAGCGAAGUAUCUUGAAAAAGGUAAUGCAGAAAUAGGAUUACAGAAAGCACAGUUUGUUGAAGAGGUUCUAAAGGGAGCUAUGUCCUAUCUUCAAGCAAAUCAUUUGGUCAAAGCUAAAGACGUUAUUCAAGGAGUGCAACAGUUUAUUGCUCAGGAUAAUACAUUAAAAGAUAAACGUGCCACAGCUGAACAAUUGCUCAGUGGAGCUUUUGGCUAUCUUGAACAAGAGAAAUCAGGGAAAGCGCAAAAAAUAAUCCAAGAAGCCAUAGACUAUCUUCAAAACGAUGAGGAUGUCAAAGCAGCAAAUAAAGUCUUUAAAGAAGCAGAAGCUAAGGCAGCUAAGGUGACAGGAAGGAAGCAUCCUAAAACAAACAAUGGAGCUAAACAUGAUGGUUCAGAGCUCUAAAGUACUUAUUUGUUGUUUCUUGUUUAUGUUAUUUCUUGUUUUCACAUACUGUGCCCUUUAAGGCAUUAUUUUCCCAUGUUUUGGAUCUUGUAUUGUUCUUUUGUUCCUUGAAAAGGAGCUGCAGGAGCAAUAGCGGUAUUUAGAUUUCCUUUUUUAUUUUCCCUUAUUUUUCUCUGUUUUGUUGUACGGAAAUUUUUGUAUUUGGUAAUGAGUUUAUUCAUAGCUCGAAUAAAGUGAUUGUGAUGUGUUUAUAUCCCAAUCAUAU